AUGUCCCAAAGCACACCGUACUUCCGACCGGCAACCCACGCCCAAGGACUCGCCAAUUACCCCCACGCUCGAACAGUAACAUCACCCGAUGGCAAGGGCUCAUAUAUCUACGUCUCGGGAACCUCAUCCCGCCGCGGUGACGGGACAUUCGUCGGAGCUACGCCCUCAGAAGACGGCACAAUUACCCUCGACAUCCGACAACAGACUGCUGCCGUGCUAUCCAAUAUCGACGCCAUCAUUCAAGGUGCUUCGGAGGGCAAAGCGAGUAUCCAUGAUGUGAUCGAUGCAACGGUGUUUGUGACCAACAUGAAAGACGACUAUAAGGGCAUGAAUGAGGAGUGGAAUCGUAUUUGGCCGGAUCGUACUACUGCACCGGCGCGAACGACUGUGGAAGUGAGGGCUUUGCCCAGAGAGGAAAUCUUGGUGGAGAUCAAAUGCACUGUUUACUAUGUAUAA